AUGUUAAGGCGAAAACUUAUGGGAGAUUUAAUGGAAGAAAGCAAAAAAGAUAAAAGACUGAAAACGAAAAUUGAAAAUCCAGAGAUUAUUCCUGUAACUAGCUCAGGUGAUAUUUCUCCUUACUUUAAAAAUGAUAAUCAAAAUUAUUUACAACAAGGUUUGAGCAAUUAUCACUUGCAAAGUAUUAAAGUAACUGAACACCUCCAAGCAAUAAGUGAUGAUCCAGUGAGAAGUAAGUGUGAACAUUUUCAAGAAAAACUGAAUACUCAUUACUUACCAACUCUUGAAGAUAAAAUGUUAAUUCUACAAGUUGAAUUAAACCAUUCACUAAGAUCUAUAAAUCUAAAAAUUCCUCCAGUAGAAUACAUCUACAAUCCGCUAGAAUAUGCAUUUGAUGCAUAUAAAAUAUAUAUUCUCAAAUAUUGUUCUUCCAUUAAAAAAAUUGCAUUUGUGGGUAUGAACCCUGGUCCUUUUGGAAUGUGCCAAACUGGAGUACCAUUUGGAGAUCCAAAAUGUGUCAAAGAAUUUUUACAAAUUGAAGGAGUUGUAAAUAAACCUGAAAUUGAAUGUCCAUUUAGAGAAAUACUAGGUUUUAAUUCUUCCAGAAGAGAACAAAGUGGAGAGAGAUUGUGGAGAUUUUUUCAAAGUAUUUGCCAUACACCAGAAUUUUUUUUUAAAAAUGCAUUUUUGUUUAAUUUCUGUCCCAUUGCUCUCAUGAAAGGAAAUGGUUGCAAUGUCACUCCUGGGGAAAUUAAGGAUAUAAAGGUACGUAAGAGUUUGGAGGUACUUUGUGAAGACUGGUACUUAAAAGUAAUCCGUUUACUUCAGCCCGAAUACUUGAUAGCCAUUGGCAGAUAUAUACAUAAGAAAACAAAAGAUGUCUUUAAAGCUAAUCACAUUGACAAUAUAAAAAUAUUAUACAUGCCUCAUCCAAGUCCGCGAGCAGUUAACAACACUAAUUGGCAUGAAAAAGCGCAAACAUUUUUAGAUGAGAAUAAUUUGAUGCAAUAUUUCCGUGAUUAA